GCGGUGGCUCACGGGAAAAAUAGUUGUUGUUGUUGUUGGAGGCUACUCGUGAGGCACAGUGGUCGAGAUGGGGAGAACUUGUUGCAUAAUCGGUUGCAAUGUUCGCUCACACGAUCGACAAAGGAAAAAAGUAGCAAACGGGCUGUCUUUUUAUUCUUUUCCUGCAUGGAAAAAAAGUCAAGGAAAUCUUGUGUCCGAAGUAACAAGGAGGAGGCGGAUGGCGUGGAUAUCCGCCGUGAGACGCAAGGACAUAACUUUCGCUGAUAUCUCAAAGUGGUUGAAAGUGUGCUCAAGGCAUUUUCAUUCUGGUAAACCAGCAUACGAGAUGAACGAGUUACAUCCAGAUUGGGCUCCAUCCCUGCAUCUGGGUUACUCCGAAGACAAAGUCUCAGACUGGGAUGCCUGCACACAACACAGAUAUAGUGCAUCCAUGGGAGGAGACCAAACCAAACAAAGAAGCAUGAAUGAAAAUGAAAGCGACGAAGUCCAAGCAGAGACAGGAGCUGUUGAAAAGGAGGAGCAUGAACUUAAAGAAGAGGAGCAUGAAUGUAAAGAAGAGGCAGAAGCAGUAGAAGGAGAAGAGCUAGGAGAACAGACUGAAAUGGAUGAACCAGCUGCUAAGAGAAAGAAAACAGAAUGGCACUUCUGUGUGCAAAGCAAUGCAGAAAUAACCCAUCUUUUGCAGGAAAACAGGGAGCUUAGGUCUGCAAUGAACAAGUUUAAGAUGGAUGAGGAAUUUUUCAAAGACGAUACAGAGAAAGUAGAGUACUACACAGGAUUCCCAUAUUUUGCCAUUUUGUUGUCGAUGUUUACCACUGUUAAACCAUUCCUGCCACCUGCGAAGAAGUUAUCACAAUUUCAGAUGGUUUUACUGACACUCAUUCGUCUGAGGCUUGAUCUUCCUGUCCAUCAUCUUUCCUACCUUUUUAAUGCGACACAUAAAACUUUUUCCACUACCUUUGCUGAAACCAUAAAUGUGUUGCAUGCACAUCUUGCUCCGUUGCACUGGCCUGAGAGACGCUGUUUACUGGACACAAUGCCACAUCAAUUUUUGGAAGCUUUUGGAAAGCGAGUUGCAAUUAUUGUUGACUGUUUUGAAAUACACAUUGAGAGCCUGUCAGAUUUAAAAGCACGUGCACACACAAUGAAAUACCUGGUAGGAAUUACACCCCAAGGCCAAAUCUCAUUUCUUUCAAAGGGAUGGGGGGGACAAGCCUCAGACAAGUAUAUAACAGAGAACUGUGGGCUUCUUAACAAAUUGCUGCCUGGUGAUGUUGUUUUAGCCGACCGAGGCUUUGAUAUCAAGGAAAGUUUGGGAAUGAUGUGCGCAGAAGUUCAAAUACCUGCAUUUACUACAGGCAGAUGUCAGCUUGAUAUUAAAGAUGUUGAAGACACACAUGCCACAACACACCUUAGGAUGCAUGUAGAAAAAGUGAUGGAUAGCUUGCGCAACAAGUACACAUUGUUAAAAAAGACACAACCUAUAAGUAUGCUGCUUCCCAGUGAGGAUGACGAGUUUACACUUCUUGAUAAAAUUGUGAAUGUUUGUUGCAAACUUGUAAACAUGUGUCCUAGUGUUGUAAAACCUGAUGAAACAGCAACGUGUGCAUGUUGAACAGUGUGUGUGAUUAUGUGACAAAUCCUCCAUUGAACUUGUCACUGAAGUACAGGGCUUCUGUCUGAUUUAUAGUUGAAACGGAUUGUGGAAAACAGAAAAUGAUUCAAUAAAAUCUCAAAGUGUAA